GCUGCUGCUCUUGGCUCCUCCCCCUCUCUGGGACUUGCAGGGACUUCAGGCUGGAUGACAGCAGAGUGAUCAGAGAGGGAGGAGGACACACACACACAGGACUGACACUCCAUGUAACUUCUAGCAGUGUGAUCUGAUCGUCUCCCACCAUACCCCGGGAUCUGUGCUGGGACACGGGACACCUACAUCAUGGCAGACCAGAAGAUAGACAUGUGCCAGCAGGAGGCAGAGGAAGUGACCGUGUUAAUGAAAAAUAAUGUGGAGAAAGUUUUUGAGAGGGAAGGGAAACUGGAAAACCUAGAGGGUCGCGCUGAGGAACUGAAAUGUAUGGCCGGCGACUUCCAGAGGAUAGCCCAGAAAGUGGAGCGUAAGACCCGAUGCGAGAAAUGGCGCAUGUACAUCAUUUGUGGAGCCAUUGUUCUUGUGGUUGUAAUUGUCAUCAUCAUCAUUCUGGCCGUCGUGCUUAGUGGAGGUGGAGGUGGGGGAGAGGCCCCACAAAAUCCAACAAAUCCAUAAUAGACUUGGGAAAGACUUGGGGGAGGGGGGGGGCAGCCGAUCUCCUCCAAACAUGGGACAUUCAUGGAUACAGAGAUAUGAUACAAAGGAUCUGGUUGCAAACAUGGAGCCUAUAUCCUCAUAGUCCAAUGAGAGCGUUACUUUUCAUCAGCCAGAUGACCGAUCGACCUCUGAACAUCUAUCAGCCAACAUACACAGACCUCAAGGCUGUUCUUCCAUUGUAUGUGUACAGAUAAUAGGAAAUACUCUGCUAAGAACUGCCAAUAACCAUAAUACCCUACUGUGUGCUGCGCGGAUCAUGCGCUCCGUACACCGCGCUGCACAGAACUUGAAGCAACGUCGACACCUGUCAAGUCAUGCCCCUCCCCCUUUGUGCAAUGUUCUGUUCCAACGUGCAUUUAUGUACAGUUCCGUUCUCGAGUUGAUUUAUUCAAAUUGGAGUGAAGCCAUAGUAACGUUUUAGUGUCUAUUGUUGCAAGUCCAGUUGUUUUAUUUCACAAGUGGA